AUGGCAAGUCCUGCCCGGCUGCCCUGGAGGGAACUGAAGGAGCAGCUCCAGGCGCUGCAGGACAGCGAGCGCGGGCACACGGAGGCCCUGCACCUGCUCAAACGCCAGCUGGCUGAGACCAAGUCCUCUGCCAAGAGCCUGCGGGUCACCAUUGGGGAGGCCUUUGAGCGGCUGCACCGGCUGUUGCGCGAGCGCCAGAAGGCCAUGCUGGAGGAGCUGGAGGCUGACACAGCACGCACGCUGACUGACAUAGAGCAGAAGAUCCAACGCUACAGCCAGCAGCUGCGCAAGGUGCAGGAGGGCAGCCAGAUCCUGCAGGAGUGGCUGGCCGAGGUGGACAAGCACACCUUCCUGGCGGGCAUCGGCUCACUCUCCGAGAGGCUUAAGGGGAAGAUCCAUGAAACGAACCUCACAUACGAAGACUUUCCUACCUCCAAGUACAUGGGCCCUCUGCAGUACACAAUAUGGAAGUCGCUCUUCCAGGACAUCCACCCAGUGCCAGCCGCACUCACGCUGGAUCCCGGCACGGCUCACCAGCGCCUCAUCCUGUCUGACGACUGCACCAUCGUGGCCUACGGCAACUUGCACCCACAGCCACUGCAGGAUUCACCCAAGCGCUUUGACGUAGAGGUCUCAGUGCUGGGCUCGGAGGCCUUUGGCAGUGGCGUGCACUACUGGGAGGUGAUCGUCUCUGAGAAGACCCAGUGGAUGAUUGGGCUGGCCCACGAGGCCGUCACGCGCAAGGGCAGCAUCCAGAUCCAGCCCAGCCGUGGCUUCUACUGCAUUGUCAUGCAUGAUGGCAACCAGUACAGCGCCUGCACAGAGCCCUGGACUCGGCUCAAUGUCAAGAGCAAGCUGGAGAAGGUGGGCGUCUUCUUGGACUAUGACAAAGGCCUCCUCAUCUUCUACAAUGCCGAUGACAUGUCCUGGCUCUACACUUUCCGGGAGAAGUUCCCCGGCAAGCUCUGCUCGUACUUUAGCCCUGGCCAGAGCCAUGCCAAUGGCAAGAAUGUGCAGCCACUCCGCAUAAACACCGUCCGCAUCUAGGGGGGCGCGCCUAGUGCUGUGACCCUCUUGGCACACCAGCUGGACCCAGACAAGCAGCCCCUUCCCAGCUCUCAGGGCCAGUUGGAUUGCAAGGCUCUCAAAGUUGCGUGCCCCGGGCUCUGCUCCUAGUGUUAUUGGCUGCGAGGAGUCUGGGACCUGCUGGGAUAGAUGGGGAGGAUGCUGGGUUCGUGCCUCCCUCCGUCCGUGAGCUGCCACUGACUGAACAAUCAUGGCUGAGCGCAGACAGCCCGUGGACUACCCUCGGGGCUCUCUGAUGGGAGGGGUCUCAUGCUGAUGGUGCCUCUGGCUGGCAUGGAGCUGUGCUCAGCCGAGCUGUGUGUUUGAGCUCCCUGCUGGCUCUGGGGAUGGGGCAUGAGCCAUCCCCCGUGGGCAGGCUCCUGGCAGCCUCCACCGUGACUCAGCAUUGCCUUAGCAUGCGGCCCCAGAGCGGGCCAGUGCAAGGCACUCUGCAGAGGAUGAGGCAGCCCCUGGCCCAUCUGAGGAAUGUGGGGAGGGGGAAGCAGAACAUGUGCCAGCUGUGUUGUCAGCUCAGCACCUGGGCUGGGCAUUGCCUUUCAGUGCAAGGGAGAUGCUCAGCGGACACUGGCAUCCAUGCAUCCCCAAGAGAUAAGGGCUCCAAUUCCCAGGAGCUGCAUCAGAGGCCUUGCAGCUCCCUGGGAUCCAGCUAGUGCCGAUCAUCCCUGCCCAGCCCCAUGGGGCUAGAGCACUCCUUGCUGGGGCCUGACAGCCCCACCCUGGCCUCCCAGCAGCGGGAGGGAAGCGGCUGGCUUCCCCCUUUGCUGCUCGCUGCGGCAGUGGUGCCAGUCUCUCAGUGAGUGCCAGCCGUGCGUUUCCCCUCUGAUGCACAGGUCUUCCCAGAUGGGAGGGUGCGUCUGGGCUUCUUGGCCCAAACAAAGCCCUCUGAGAAGAGUGUGCUUAGGACGUGGGCCCAUCCCAGCCCUGCAAGCUGGUACCCAGGAGCGGCCUCCAUAAGUGGCCACUCGGGACCGUGCGAUGCCCGGACUUGCCACAUACAGGAAGUCAAAGGGGGCACUUCUGAGCUUGCCAUGGCCGGAGGCCUGAGCCAGCCUGUGACCCUGGGACACUGCCAGUGCAUUUCUGCAUGUGGUCUGUGUGGUUAAGGCCUGUUGGUAAACCUGCAGCUUCCUGUGUCCUGCCUUUACCCUGUCCCUGUUCUGCUGCGGGGACAGGACUUGCUGCACUGGUCACACGACUGCCCGCUGCUUUGUGCACGCACGCCCUGGCAUCCAGCUCCCAGCUCAAGCAUCACAGGAGAGCUGCUCAGAUCCCGCACUAGUGUGAACACAGCCAGGAGCAGGGUCUAUGCAUGCACGUGGGCUGGUCCAUGGUGCUGACCCAGCUCCCCCCUUGCAGGGGGCCAGCAUCUCUGGCCAACUGCUGAGCCCAGGCAAGCUGCUGAGCCCAUCUGCUACACCCGUUGGGUGGCAAGGUUGAUGAUAGCCUAGCCUGCUCCUUCAUGGACUAAUGGUGGGAGGCCCGUGCCCUGUUUGCAGCUGGCAUGGGUCCUGGGCAGGGCUGGGCCCCCGUUUCGGUGAUCUGUGUGCAGCUCAGGAUGCCCUGGGCCUUCCCACGGAGUCUCCUUUCCAGGAGCCCCCACAGCCCCAUGGCUGCCUACGUGCAUGGCGUGGAGCGGGAGGGAGCAGGCAUGAGUGGCAGGAUGGGGGGCACAGCUCAUCUGGGGCCAGGGAGAUUGUGCGGGGCCAGGGUGGGGGCACUGCCAUAUGAUGCCCGCACCCAUGACUGUAAGCAGGCAAUAAACGCUGCACAACGACCCUGGCUUGUGCUCGUGUGUGCGGCAGCCCCAGGGAGACCGCAACCCCUGCCUGGGUGCCGUGGCUGCACAGUGCUCCUGGCCCCCUGGAGCUGCUGCAGGGUCCCCAGGACCAGGCGUGGAGACUUAUGCAUGUUCUCACAGGGCCAGACUGGCAGGGCGGGUCCUGGCAUGUGGCUGCCUGGAGCCUCGUGUGGGGCAGGUGAGCAGUGGCCGCACAGGCCAUGGCCAGGCCUCUGGUGGCUCCGGCCGCUCACGGCUCAGGCUCGGGCUCAGAUGGCCCGGCUGCCUGCUCAGAGGGCAGUGAUUGGUGGCCCGGGCACAGGGUGAGCAGGGCAGGCAGGGGCAGGGGCAGGAGC